GGGUCUGCGAGAGUGAAAAUUGAAGAAUCUCGUGUGACAGGAAAAAUGACAGAUUGUGACGUGUGGCCAGAAGAAUCAGCUGAACUACCUGCUGCAAGCGAAUUGUCAGAUUCGUCUGAACACUCUGCGAGUGUCGGGACACAGCCAUGCCCUCCGGUCGCAGAUUCCAGCUUUGUCGACAUCGACGCGCGGCCUCACAAGUGCCCGCAUUGUGACAAGGGCUUUGUUAAGGCAUGGGGCCUACAGAAGCACUGUCGUGUUCACACUAAAGAGAGGCCCUACAAGUGUCGCUACUGCCCCAAGUCGUUUUCCGAGAGGAAGUUCCUGAAUAUUCAUGAGCAUCGCCACACAGGUGGCAAGCCUUACCUCUGCCUGGGCUGCUGCAUGGCCUUCACUUGUGAGAGCACCUUCACCAAGCACAUGCAGCAGCAUCACUGAGCACCUUUUUCCAGCAUUCUCUGCC